AUGGUUCUCUUCUAUUACAAAUUUUUGGAAAUCGUAUUUGGGAAAGCGAUCCAAGCACUCUCACGAAUUAGUGAUGAGCUGUGGCUAGACCCUUCUGAAAAAGGUCUUGCUUUAAGAUCUGUGAAUUCUUGUCGGUCAGCAUAUGGAUGUGUCCUCUUCUCGCCUGUGUUUUUUCAACAUUAUCAGUGGUCAACCUCAGUGAAAAUGAAUGAUAGUGACACAAUAUCGAAUUUAAAUUGCAAAUUGGGAAUGAAGUCAAUUCUGCCUAUCUUUAGAUGUCUGAAUUCCCUCGAAAGAAAUGUAGAGAAGUGCAAAAUAUUUACCAGAUCUGAUAAGUGCAAAGUAGUUAUUCAAUUCUUCUGCAGACAUGGUCUUAAAAGGAUUCAUAAUGUGUGUUUUCAAGAAAGUCAGCCUUUGCAAGUUAUUUUUGAAAAGAAUAUGUGUUCUAAUACACUAGUGAUUCAACCAAGAGUGCUUGCUGAGGCAAUUGUUCUUUUUACAUCGAGUCAAGAGGAAGUUACUCUUGCUGUUACUCCACUGAACGUUUGCAUUAAGAGUUCUAAUGAGGAAUCAAUGGAUUUGACCAAUUCUGUAUACAGUGAGAUGUUUGUUGGGCCAGAUGAGUUUGACUUCUUUCAAAUUGGAGUCAACACUGAAAUAACAUUUUGCUUCAAAGAACUGAAGGGAAUGCUGACAUUUUCAGAAGCUACACAUGCUCCUAUAGCCAUUCAUUUUGAUUUUCCUGGGAAACCCAUGGCCUUAAGUAUUGACGAUAUGUUAUUGGAAGCCAACUUUAUUUUGGCUACAUUAGCUGAUGAGCCAAGUAGAGCAUCUUCUCCACAAUCACUGUGUCUUUCACAAAAACGAAAAAGGUCAGAGCCGAUACAUUCAAAUUCAGAGGCUGGUAAAAAUGUAACCAGCAAGGACGCAGAGUAUAUCUCGAGAAAAGCAGUACCCAGAAGGCUUUAUUCUGAGACUCGCACGAACAUCUCUUCAUUGGAAAACCGUGGCAGCCCUUUAAUGGAAAGAGCGAACGGAGACAUUAGUGAGGUACCAGAAAGCAGUGUCAGUGACACAGAGGAAGUGCCAGGAUCUUCAUAUCUCAGGAAGUUUUCUUGCAUGUUCUUUGGAGCAGUUUCUUCUGACCAACGAGAACACUUCAACCACCCUUUCCACAGUCUGGCAACAGCAAGUGACAGUGAAGAGGACGUGAAUAAUGGCAGUUUUUCCACAUUCUAACACUUAAUGAUGGCUGAGCUGGCCCCCCACCCAUUUACUGGCUCACUUGCACUUCAAACACAUUUUCACACUUAAGCCUAUGAAGAUAUUGUCUUGGACUUCCUUGAAAUGGAUAAUGGGCUGCUGGUUUUCUAAACAUCUUCUUAUACAACUACCAUAUCUAGAAAUAGCUGCUUGUCAAGUAAAUGUAAUCUGCUUUAAAUCCAUUAUGCUUCUUGGGAGGGAGAAGAGUUUUCUGUGCAGGGAAAAAGCUCAUUAGAAUUCUUCAAUUCAGGGACUUCCCUGGUGGUGCAGUGGUUGAGAGUCCCCCUGCCAAUGCAGGGGACACGGGUUCAAGCCCCGGUCCGGGAAGAUCCCACAUGCUGCGGAGCAACUAAGCCCGUGUGCCGCAACUACUGAGCCUGCACUCUAGAGCCCAUGAGCCACAACUACUGAAGCCCGCAUGCCUAGAGCCCAUGCUCCGCAACAAGAGAAGCCACCGCAAUGAGAAGCCCGUGCACCGCAACGAAGAGUAGCUCCUGCUCAACGCAACUAGAGAAAGCCCGCGCGCAGCAAUGAAGACUCAACGCAGCCAAAUAAAUAUUUAAAAAAAUAAAAAAGAAUUCUUCAAUUCAGUGCACAUUCACACUAGAGUUUUUAGCAUUUUCUUUACCAGUUUUAUAAAGGUAUUUAAACUUUCUUUAGCAGCCAUUUAGAGUGCAUCAAUAUGGCUUGUAGAGUUCAGGUAUCUUCUGUGUUUGAUUGCAAACAUUUGAGUUUUGGUGCUUUCAGACAUAGUAAAAUGCCAUAACUUUUUUGGUCUAUUGCUUGUUAUAUUUUGUUAAGAUUUUAAGUAAAAAAAUAUGCUUUUAAAAUUUUGCAGUGUGAUGCAGAAAAGAAGUGAUGCCAAAAAAUUAUUUCUGUAUUAUCUGAUAUAGAACAGCAGCCUCCACUGCCAAGAAAGCCUGGGUUUGGAGGGGAAUGAGGUGGAAG